AUGGCUGUGAAUUUCAAAGGACGAACCAUGGGCUGCUCGUAUUAUGAUGUUCAGCUAUCGAAGCUCUUUGUCAUGCAGGAUAUGAUUGAAUGUAACGCGGCAGCUAUGAUUGAAAUUGUGAAAUCCCAGGUGAGACCGACCUUGAUAUUGAUAAAUACUCGGCUUGAUGAGAGUGUUGUGGAAGUACUCAAGCUUGAUUGCACUGGUCGAGAGCCAAAGAUCGAAGUACGGCCAAGCGGAGACUUUUCGUACUCAAUGGCAAAAGCGAAGCUAAUCUCCGUCUGGAUCAGCAUAAAGAGAUCUCAGAAGCGCAGAUUUGGAGAACAAAGCGAGCCAGAUGACAAACUGGAGCAAAAUCAGCCGCCCCUCUCAGAAAUGAAUGACUCCACUCAGCGGGAAGCUCAGUCUCAUUUGUCAAAUGCGAUUGACCUUCAAAGCACUGAGAGCGUCGCAUGUGCAGGCGCGCUGAUUGGCUUCAUCACGAGACAUGAGGCCCCGCAUCGAAUAGUUGGAGGCGGUCAGUCAACGAUGAUAAUGGCGAUUGGGUCGUUUUCGAUGGAUGCCUUCAUGUUCAUUAAUCCAAACUCCCUCAGCUCGCUCCAAAUCUUUGAAGAUGAGACACAUCCAAGCAUGCAUAACAGCAUCCGGGGCCGUAAAGAGGGCCUUUCUGUCUAUGGCAUUUUAAAUCAAACAAAGACACCCCAAGGGCGGUACCUGCUGAAGCAGUGGCUCUUAAGACCAUCUUUAGACUUGAAUGUUAUCAUUGCGCGCCAUAAAGCUGUAGAAUGCUUUGUCCGAACCGACAAUCAACAUAUCGUCAAGCAACUCGUUAGCUAUUUGUCACAUAUCAAGAACAUGUCAAAAGUUUUGCAAGCACUGCCACGUAACGCAACCCUCACAGGAUGGCAAAGCAUCCUUCAGUUUGUUUAUUACAGUCUUAAGAUCUACAACGACGUCCAGGGGCUAUAUCUCGGCGAGCUCUAUAUCACUAAGGCUGUAAGAAAUAAGGCUGUGGAAGAAAAGAUUGCAAAAUUGCGGGAAAACACUCUGGACUUUGAUGAGAGCAUGAUAGAAGGUCGUUGUGUUGUGAAACAUAAUGUGGAUGAAGAACUUGAUCGGAUGCGCAGCACAUAUCAUGGCCUUGAUAGCUUCCUAUCUGAGUGCGCGAGAGAGAUCAGUGCUACGAUACCUUCUGAGUUUACGUCAACUAUCAACGUGAUUUAUUUUCCUCAGCUUGGAUAUCUAAUCACAGUCCCAUUAAAUCCGAACUGGAAAACGGAGCAAGAUUUUUAUUUGGAAGGCCUUACAUUUCAGGUAACUAGCACUCUCCAAGCUAAUCUCUUUAUCUACUCGCGUUUGAUAGAGCUAGAUGAGCACAUUGGCGACAUCCAUGGGCUUAUUGUAGAUCGUGAGAUCGAAAUCCUACAGAGCCUACAGGAGCGGAUUCUCGAGUACAGCGAGCUGCUUGUUACAUGCAGCAACCUGUGCGCGGAGCUUGAUGUACUUGUUUCUUUUGCUCAAGUAGCGCGAUUGAGGAGCUACCAUCGUCCGAUUAUGACAGACGAAAAUGUGCUGCAUAUUACCAACGGCCGACAUCCAUUGCAAGAGUUAGUAGUCAAUUCUUUCGUACCUAAUGAUACCCAAUUAGGCGAACUCUAUACAGCUUCUUCCACAAGAGCUGUUGCAUCGACUGCUAAAGGAUCUGCGACAGAACAUUUGAUUGCAGAAGAUAUUGCUGAUGUGCGAUAUAAGAAUGAUCCACUACCUCUCAAUAACCAAGUGAUGUUAUUAAGCGGUGCUAACAGUUCAGGCAAGAGUGUUUACUUGAAGCAGGUGGCUCUAAUCACAUAUAUGGCCCAUAUUGGUAGUUUUGUGCCUGCUGAAUCGGCAGUAGUUGGUCUCACUGACAAAAUUCUCACGCGACUGCAAACAAGGGAAACAGUUUCGAGUAUCCAAAGUGCGUUCAUGACGGAUUUGCAGCAGGUUUCUAUGGCGCUGAAGCAUGCGACUAAGAGAUCCCUUGUUAUUUUGGAUGAAUUUGGCAAAGGCACCAUUUCAACGGAUGGUGCAGGGAUGUUUUGUGGUGUAAUCGAGCAUUUUGCUAAGCGAACACAUGAUCGUCCACGAGUUUUAGCAACUACACAUUUUCACGAAUGCUUUGAAAACCAUCUACUUAACCUCUCAUUGCCUAUAUCCCUAUAUACUAUGGAGGUCUUGCAAGGAUCCAGUGGCCUCGAGGUGACUUUCUUGUUCCGUGUUAUACCAGGUAAAACACCUUCCUCACUUGGACCUACCUGUGCAGCAAUGGCUGGAAUGCCAGCGUCCAUUGUACAGCGUGGUAUUGAGCUAUCUACACUAUUUCGACGCUAUGAGAAGGUUAUUCCUGUGCUGACAGAGCGUGAAACGGCAAUGCAGAGGAUGUAUGAGCAACUGACGGGUAUGUUGUUGCACUUGGACUUGGAUAAAGACCUAGAUAUGUUGUCCGACGACAAUGACAAUGAUGAUGAAAACCGUGGGAAAUACCUACCCACAGGAUUAGAGAAUGGGAUAGUACGGGAAUUACCUACUCAUAAUCUAUCUGUCCACGAUACAAUUGCCAUCCAAGGCACCGAAACUGAGACAGAGGAGAGCAAUAAGGAUAGCAUUUUAUAUGUCGAUGGGAAUAUUUCAAAGGGGUCUGGUGUCGGAAGGAAGCGAAAACGCAGAGACAAUGAAGGCGCUAUGAAAGAAAAGCAGCGACAUGGUGGC